AUGCUGACCUUCUUGCGAGAUGUGCCUCUGGGGCACCUCAUUCAGCUCCUGAGCGGCAGGAAACUGCUUCGCUUUCCUGAAGAACAAGAUGGAUUCACUGUCCCCGAUACCUUCCUCUCCAGCGCUCGAACGCCCACCGUAUCGAAUGCCGAUGCAUCACCCGCAGCUCUCGAGUCUGCGAGAUCCUCUCCUCCGGUAACAUGGUAUGGCGUCAACGACCCCGAGAACCCAAAGAACUGGAGCAGUCGGAAGAAGGCCAUGGUAUACAUCAUCAUCUGCUUCUAUACUGCCACCGGCCAAGCUUCCGUGUCGAUCUUCACCCCGUCGCAAAUGUUGCUGCCGGAGAUUUUCGGCGUCUCGAAGACGGUCUCAUCUCUAGGCCUGGGGUUGUUCGUGUUUGGCUAUGGGUCUGGGGGGUUGUUCCUCUCGCCUCUAUCCGAAAUCCCGGCCGUGGGUCGUAACCCUCCAUAUGUCGUCAGCAUCGUCUUAUUCACGCUGUUAUCAAUUGGUGCACCGUUCGUCAACACUGUCGCGGGCAUCACGAUCAUGCGACUACUGCAAGGGUGGAUGUCUUCAGCCAUUAUGAACACCGGGGGAGCCUCGUUAGCCGAUAUCACCACCACAUAUGAACUGCCUUAUGGUAUGUACUCGUGGGCCAUGUUCGCCUUUGUGGGCCCUGCAAUUGGGCCCAUCAUCUCCGGCUUCGCCGUCGGCCCUGAGGGGUGGCGUUUUCCUCUCUGGGAGAUUGUAAUUCUGGCGGUUCCUACUUUGAUAUUAGUGUUGCUCCUGCCGGAAACAUCCGCGCCUCGCAUCCUAUACGCACGAUCCAGGCGCCUCCGCCGCGUCACACAUGAUCCCAGCCUGCUUUCACACUACGAGAUCGAGCGACAAGAAAAGACUGGGGAGGAGGGACUAUCCGUCGCGGCCAUUGUGUAUUCAUCACUCAUCAUGCCGUGGAAGAUUAAUGCGCUGGACCCGUCGAUCCUAUUCACCACACUGUACUGCUGCCUCGUCUACUCAGCAUACUACCUCUUUUUCGAAGUCUUCCCAUUGGUUUACAUGGACCAACACGGAAUGACAGUGGGCCGAAUGGGCCUGAUAUACAUCUGCGUGCCGGUUGGCACCCUUCUGGCCGCGAUCCCAUACUUCGCCUUCAUCCACUGGAAGGUGCACGCACCCAUGCGCGCGGCAAAACCUGGACAGUUACCACCCGAGCCGGAGGACCGACUGGUGCCCGCGCUUGGUGCGUCAAUCGUCAUCCCCGCGGGCCUGUUUUUGUUCGCUUGGACCGGUCGCAGUUCCAAUAUCCACUGGAUCGUGCCCACGAUUGGUGCCAUGCUGGUGUCUGGCGGCAACGCCAUCAUCUUCCAGUCUAUCUAUGUAUAUAUCGCGCUUGCGUAUCCGCGAUACGCGGCGUCGCUCUUCGGGGGCAAUGGAUUCGCCAAGGCAACUGUGGCAUGUGUUGCGGUCCUGAUUGCGAAUUUCCUUUAUGGGAGGUUAGGGAUUGCUGGAGGCACGUCCUUGAUUGGUGGGCUGUGUGUCCUCUGUACGCUGGGUAUGUUCUCUUUAUAUCGGUUUGGGGCGGCACUUAGAGCGAGGAGUCGAUUCACAUCGAAGUCGUGA